GGAUUUAUUUCAUUUUUCACAUGAGUAUUUUAUUAUUUUGAGCGUGACAAAUACUCAAAAGCAAGUCAAUAAUAAACUCAACGAUCGUUCCAAAACUGAGAAAAUCCCUCUUUGAACCCUAAAAAUCGAAUCUUUCCCCAUUUUCUUCAAUUUACGUGAUACUGAGAAGAGCAAUAAUGGCCGACGCCACAGUGGUUUCCGAUGACCUGCCGCCUGUACGAACCACUGAUUUUGAUUGCGGCCUCUCGGUUCCGCCAUUUGACUCUGCCUUCUUUUCCCAACAGUUGAUGGAUGAUGAUGGCUUCAUUGGCGGCGACAAUCAUGAAGACGUCGUUGUCGACGAUUUUGAUUUGGAUUUCUCCUUCGACGAUCUCUACAUUCCCACCGCCGAUGAGCUCGACGACCUCCUUCCUAUCCGAAUAUCGGAAUCCGGAUUCGACGCGAAUCUCCCUCAAUUCGCUCCGAAUUUGGACCAAUUCGACGCCGUUUUUAAAUCAAAUUGUUCGGAAUUGCGUCACGGAUCUGGAGACUGCGAAUUCCCAGGUGAUCACAGCUUCGAUGGCUCCGGGGUUAUUAAUUCCGCGUCAUCUGGAUUAGAGUCGGAUCAGAUUUCCGGUUAUCUCAAUGUUCCCUCGCCGGAAUCGGACGGAUCGAAUAGAGGAGCUUCUGGAAAUUGCGGUGGUGGAGCGAACGUGUCGGAUUUCCCUUCGCCGGAGUCUCGGGGUUCGGGGAAUUGCGGCUCAAAUGUCUCUGAGGACUCGAAUGAUCACGCGAGGUCGGUGAGUUCUUCUCCAUUUAUGAAUAAGAGGUCGACUAGAGCUGAUGAAGUUGAUCAGAAAAUUAAGUUAGUCGAGCCGCCUAAAAAUAAAGUUAGUAGCUCUUUGUUGAAAAGGAAAAAGGAUUGUGAAGAAAUGCCGAUUAAUACUGUGGAUUCGAGAACUAAUAAGCAUAGAAAAUCCAAGUGUAGUUCAGAGAUUAACGCUAACGCUGAGGUGAGUGAUGACGACGAGAAAAGGAACGCAAGGUUGAUAAGGAAUAGAGAGAGUGCUCAAUUGUCAAGACAGAGGAAGAAGCAUUAUGUUGAGGAGUUAGAGGAGAAGGUGAUGAUGAUGCAUUCGACGAUUAAAGACUUAAAUUCGAAGAUCUCGUAUUUUAUGGCGGAAAAUGCCACUCUGCGGCAGCAAAUGAGCGGAGGUGCUGUCCCACCUCCACCAAUGGCGGGGCUGCCUCCUGGGAUGUACCCGCAUCCUGCGAUGAUGUAUCCAUGGAUGCCGUAUGCCCCACCUUAUAUGGUGAAACCGCAAGGAUCUCAGGUGCCGUUGGUGCCAAUCCCUAGGUUGAAACCGAAGCAGACAUCACAAGCGCCAAAGUCGAAUAAGAAUGUAGAGGGCAAGAAAAAUGCAGGGCCGAAGACGAAAAAGGUUGCUGGCAUCAGUUUUCUUGGUUUGUUGUUUUUCAUUGUGUUAUUUGGAGUCUUGGCACCAAUCGUUAAUGUGAGGUAUGGAGGAGUAAGGGAGACAUUGACAGGUGGAGAAGGCUACGUCGGAGGUGGGUUCUAUGAGAAAUACCAUGGGAGGGUUUUGAUGGUAAAUGGGAGUGAGGCUGAUGGGAAAUAUGGUAACAACCUGCGCUGUGGUCGUGAUAGUGGAGGGAAGCCAAAUGUCAAUGGGUUUGCUCGAUUGUGCAAUGAGAGUGAACCUCUUGUUGCGUCGUUAUAUGUCCCCAGGAAUGAUAAGCUUGUUAAGAUAGAUGGUAAUUUGAUUAUCCAUUCAGUGUUGGCGAGUGAGAAAGCCAUGUCCUCUCACAAGAUCGGUGGUGGUGAGACUGGUCUUGCAGUUCCUGGAGCUCUUGUUCCCUCUAAUCCCGUCCGAAUAAAUGGUGCUAGGCUUCCCCCACUACCGGCUCUUGGUUCUAGCUCCGUUGACAAGGAUAUCAGGCAAGCAAGUGAUGGCAAGAUUCAGCAAUGGUUCCGUGAAGGCCUUUCUGGGCCAAUGUUAAGCUCAGGUAUGUGUACUGAAGUUUUCCAGUUUGAUGUGUCGCCGGCUUCUGCCUCAGGAGCCAUAAUUUCUGCUACCAAUGCAAGAAACAUAUCCGAAGAGCGAAACCACAACUCCACACACAUCAGCAAGGGAAUGAGUCGAAGAAUCCUUCGUGGUCUUCCAAUCCCACUACCUGAAUCCUCUCAUAACAUUUCGAGACAACACAAAGGAAGAAAUUCACAGAAAGAGAACUUGAAAGGUACCAAUUCUUCAUCUUCGAUGGUGGUCUCUGUGCUCGUUGAUCCUAGAGAGGCGGGUGAGGCCGACAUGGAUGGUGUGAUGGGGAAAAAGUCCCUCCCCCGAAUUUUCGUCGUCGUCUUAAUUGACAGCGUUAAGUAUGUCACCUACUCAUGCAUGCUUCCGUUCAAGGGUUCUGCUCUUCAUCUAGUAGCUACUUGAUAAUAUUGAAUAUAGCGCCAAAUUUUUUUAAGUGUAGUGCUUUAAGUGUAUAUGCAGCCAAGAAAAUAUAGUUCUUGGAUUGUAAAAUUAACUUAUUUCCCAUGUAUGUAACUCAUAAAUAAACCAUUUAUGGGAGUUUUCUGAUGAAAAUUUGACACUGUAUUGUCUCAAAACAUAUAUUGGAGUAACAGUUCAGCAAAAAACAAA